AUGCGCCGCUGCUGCCCGGCUCUCUGCAUCAGCAGCAGCCGCGGCCCCUCCGGCCCCGCUGCCGGUCCCGCCACCGCCGCCGCCGCCAUCACCAUCGCCGCCCCCCUCCCGCCCGCCGCCGCCGCCGCCGCCGUGUCCCGCCCGCCGCUCCUGGUGCUGGUGCUGCUGCAGCGCCGCCCCGCGCCGCCCGCUGCUGCGCCUCCGCCGCACAAAAUGGCGGCCGGUGGGAGCGGCGGGGGCCCCGGGGGCCUCUCCUCCUCCUGCCCGCAGCCGCCGCCGCCGCCACCGGGCAACGGCGCCGCCGCCGCCGCUUGCACCAACGGCGCCCCCCCGGCGUCGCCGCCCGGCCUCACCUACAACCAGUGCGGCGCCGCCAACCCGGCGGCGGGCGGCGGAGGCGGCGCGGGGGGCCCGGCGGCGGCGGCGGCUCCGGUGGCGGCGGCGGCCGCUGCUGCGGCUGCGGUGGGGGGCACCGGGGGAGCCGGGGGGGCGGGCGGCCCCGGCGGGGCGCUGCAGCGGGAGCCGGUGUAUAACUGGCAGGCGACGAAGCCGACGGUGCAGGAGCGCUUCGCCUUCCUCUUCAACAACGAGGUGCUGAGCGACGUCCACUUCCUGGUGGGGAAGGGCCGCGGCUCGCAGCGCAUCCCGGCCCACAGAUUUGUGCUGGCUGUGGGCAGUGCAGUCUUCGAUGCAAUGUUUAAUGGUGGAAUGGCCACAACAUCUACAGAGAUUGAGCUGCCUGAUGUGGAGCCUGCUGCCUUCCUAGCUUUGCUGAAAUUUCUUUAUUCAGACGAAGUUCAAAUCGGACCAGAGACUGUUAUGACAACGCUUUACACAGCUAAAAAAUAUGCGGUUCCAGCCCUGGAAGCUCAUUGUGUGGAAUUUCUUAAAAAAAACCUCCGAGCAGACAAUGCAUUCAUGCUGUUAACACAGGCAAGACUUUUUGAUGAGCCUCAGCUGGCCAGCCUUUGCCUAGAGAACAUAGACAAGAACACAUCAGAUGCCAUCAAUGCAGAGGGGUUUACAGACAUUGAUCUAGACACCCUGGUUGCGGUGCUGGAGAGGGAUACCUUGGGGAUCCGGGAGGUUCGUUUGUUUAAUGCAGUGGUUCGCUGGUCAGAGGCUGAGUGUCAACGGCAGCAACUUCAGGUGAUUCCAGAGAACAAGCGGAAAGUACUGGGCAAAGCGCUUUCUCUUAUCCGCUUCCCAUUGAUGACUAUUGAGGAGUUUGCAGCAGGGCCUGCCCAGUCGGGAAUCCUCACGGACCGGGAGGUGGUGAGCCUGUUCCUCCACUUCACAGUGAACCCAAAGCCACGGGUGGAGUUCAUCGACCGACCACGCUGCUGCCUGCGGGGGAAGGAGUGCAGCAUCAGCCGUUUCCAGCAGGUGGAGAGCCGCUGGGGGUACAGUGGGACUAGUGACAGGAUAAGGUUCUCAGUAAACAAAAGGAUAUUUGUAGUUGGGUUUGGAUUAUACGGAUCCAUACAUGGGCCAACGGAUUACCAAGUAAAUAUACAGAUCAUCCACACAGACAGUAACACGGUCCUGGGGCAGAAUGACACGGGGUUCAGUUGUGAUGGAUCAUCAAACACUUUCCGGGUCAUGUUCAAGGAACCUGUUGAGAUUUUACCCAACGUCAACUAUACAGCAUGUGCUACUCUAAAGGGUCCAGAUUCCCACUAUGGAACCAAAGGACUGCGCAAAGUGAUCCAUGAAUCACCAACAACAGGAGCCAAAACCUGCUUUACGUUCUGCUACGCGGCUGGGAAUAACAACGGCACUUCUGUGGAGGAUGGACAAAUCCCAGAGAUCAUCUUCUACACAUAGUGCAGCUGCAGAGCUGGCUCUGGACUUUUCUGUUCUCUUCCCCGUGACCUUCCAAACUAAAUUUCUGGCUGAGUUUGACCACACCAAUUGGAGCCACACUAGCCAAAGGUCUCAGUAAAACCAUUUCAAAGCUCA